AUGCAAUCUAGAGUUGGUUCUUUAGUUAAGCUCCGAAAUUUAUUGACAGCCUCUCGAAAUUCUUUAUCUUUUCCCAAAACUCUGUUCCCAACAACUUCUCUACUUUUCCCGCCCGCCACCUAUUCGACCAUUUGCCAAGCCCAGGAAGAAAGUGUAGGAGAAUAUGUUAGAGACCAACCCAAGAGCUCUGAAGAAAUUCUUAAGAACUGGGGUUGUAGUGAUACUGACAUAUCCAAGAUGUUCACACGGCGGCCUGCUUUGCGGAAUGCUGACCUUGAUCAGCUUCAGUUCAAACUAAACAUUCUACGUGGCUUGGGCAUUAGUGCAUCUGAGCUUGUGAAGAUCAUCAAUUGUCGGCCCCGGUUUCUCAGUUAUCGAAUUAAUCAUUGUUUUGAUGAGCGGCUUGAGUACUUUAUGAGAUUGUUUGAGUCGAGGGAAGUUCUUGUCAAAGCCAUUGUAAAGAACCCAUCUCUCUUGACCUAUGACUUUCACGAUAAAAUCAAGCCUGCCAUCGCACUAUACGAAGGAAUGGGUCUUAGCACGAGUGACUUGACCCAAAUUCUUCUAUCACGGCCCACGUUGAUCCCAAGAACUUCAUUUAAUGAUGAAAAGAUGGAAUAUAUACGAAAAACCAGGCUUUCGAAUCAUUCAACCAUGUAUAAGUAUGUUGUCGCAAUCAUUGGCAUUUCACGCCUUGAAACUAUCCGUCAGAAAGUUGCAAAUUUGGAGAAGUUUGGUUUGUCAGAAGAUGAGAUUUUUGGUCUUUGGGCAAGGUCUCCCCUUGUGCUUACACUGUCAAUUGAUAAGGUUCAGAGGAACAUGACUUUCAUUAUAGGAAAAAUGAAACUUCCCGCCCCAGUGAUUCUUGAGUAUCCCUUUUUUCUGUACACAAAUCUGGAGGCUGUUUUAAAGCCACGAGUAUUUCUUGCAGAGAAGAUGCAGGAAAUGGGUCUUGACUUGCAGAUUAAAGGCCCUAUGAUGCUGACGGCACUGAGGAUGACAGAGAAGAGGUUUCUGAAGGCAUUUGUUAAUUGUCACCCAAAGGAUGUUGCUGAUGAAUUGAUGGAAUUUUAUAUAAAUGCAAAGGGUGUGAAGCGAUUGGCAGAAGACUACUCCAAGAAGAACUUCCAGCAAGGAUUUCCUUUCUAA